UAUUAUUUUUUUUUAAAGUUCAAAAAAAUUGUCGGAAAAAUACAAACUGGAUGUACGUCGGCGUGACGUCACUGUCCCAUCACCACUGAACUCCUUUACGUUUCAAAAGUUACACUUUCCCAAGAAGCUAACGUUAGCCGGCUAGCUAGCUAGCUUGAUUUAAGUUCUUCCAGAUUCUUUUGUGUCUCCACAUAACGAUGUAUGAAAUAUAUUCUGAAGCUUCUGGUUAAUUUAUACAAACGUUGAAGUUAUUUAAUCUAAAUUGCAGAGUUUUAGUUCACUUUAGUGGUUAUAUUAGCCUUGCUAGCUUAUGCUAACGUUAGCCUAUAAAACGUGCUCAAAACCACAACAAUGGAGGUGACAUAACACAGGGUUACUGGGGGGGAAACAUAAAUACAUUGGGUGUGAUCAUAUAGUGGGUGGCUGUUAUGAUGUGAUGGAUGAAGGGGACAGACUGACUGGUUCCACUGGGAGAGCCUCAGACUGGUUCCACUGGUCAAAAGAUACUUCAGCUGAGCUCUGGCACAGCACUCCAGUUAAAGAGAAAAAUGGUGCUGCUUGGUUGGAUGGUAGCCAACUGUCUGUUCUAAGCAGCUUCAAGAUGGACAACACAGCAAAACAGUGGGCGAGAAGUUCACCUCCAAUACCAGCAGACACACUCUGUCCUCCCAGCUCGCAGGACUCCGAGUUCCCUGUGAAUGACCCGAGUGGCUCCACCAUCCAGAGGCAGAGGAGGGAGCUCCAGCUGCUGAUGGCUGAGCUGAAGGACAGGGACCGCGAGCUGAACGCCAUGGCUGCCUCCCAUCAUAAGCAGCUUCACGCCUGGGAACAGGACCGCCAGAGGGUGCUCUCCCUGGAGCAGAGGUGUGCCCGUUUGGAUGAUGAGUUGCAGAAACGCAACGAGGUGAUCCGAGUCCUGACUAAACGAGUGUGGGCGGUGGAAACCAGGAAGGAGGAGGUCCAGAAGGAGCUCAGCGUAGCUCAACAGCAGCUCUGUGAGCUUGAAGGGAAACAGCAGAACAUCAGCCAAAAAUGUCAAGACUUUGAGGAGAAGAACCAGAGUCUGAACUCCACGGUCAUGGCUCUGUCCUCUCAAGUCGGCUCUCUGCAAGUCAGAGAGGAGGAACUGAGCUCCAUGCUCAAACUCAAGGACAAAGAUGUGAGCGAGGCCUCUGGUCAUGUGGUCGACCUCACAGGGCGCCUACGAGAUCUGGAGACAACGAUGUCAGAGAGUCGCUCACGGGAAAAUCAACUCCUGAGAGACUCAGAGGAAAAUAAACGCCGCUACAGAGAGUCCAGAUACGAGAUCUCUCACCUUAAAGAGGAGCUGCAGCAGCAGGUCACACAGAGCAGCACUCAGAGAGAAGAGAUCAUCCGUCUGAAACAGGAGCUGCAGCUGCUCCGUAGAGAUCUGGUCCUGUCAGGAGAGGGAGACAGCUGGAGGGACGAGAUGCUGGAACUGUCUCGCUCCAAACAGGAACGCACCAUGUCGGAGCUCCGCUGCUUACGACAGGUGUGUGAGAAUCAGCGUAAUGACCUGCAGCUUCUGCAGUUGAACCUGGAAAGUGCUCGUGAGACACUGCGGGAGAAGAGCAGUCAGGGGAUAGCUGGAAGUCAGGACGAGUUAAGGUGUGUCUGUCUGAACAACCGCUCGCCUUCAUCGCUCAGAGUGAAGAACUCGAGACCUUCACGAGACCCCGCCUCUCCUCCAGCAGCCAAUCAGCAAGUCCGAGACGACGGUGACCUGGGAGUCUUCUCAGCUCACUCCAUUGAUGGUGACGAUCCGCUGUCCAGCUGUUUUCUGCAGCAGCUGUUGGACGAGUCCAGGCAGCUCGUCAGUCCAGAGCACAGCAGUCACAGUGUCCCAUCGAUGAGCUGUGGGACCACCGAGCCCCUUUACUCUCACCAGUGCCAGACAUCCCUCCACCAUCACCACCACCAUCACCAGCCGAACACCGCCACAUACAAGGACAAUGACACUCCACCCAAAGCCUGCCAUCGACCAAAGUCAGCCACGUGGACGGGUUGACAUUCACAAAAGCACAGAUUUUAUAUAUUUUUUAUAGCUGAAACAUCAGUAUUUAUCAAAGUGACUUCAUGUGCUAAACUAUUAAGCAUUUAAUUAACAGUCACGUAUUCAAAAAAAUCAGUGUUACAACAGAACCUGUGAGCUCACAGCUGAAGGAUAAACUGUCUCUCAGGGAAAUGAUGAAGUAAAAAACAUACAUUCAUGUCAUGAAUUUGUAACUUUUUUAUACUAUUAAUCGUGUGUUUUUUAUUUGGUGGCACUGCAUCCUUUUUUACCUACAUGUCUAUGUUUUUAAAGGCCCUGUUCAGAUUGUAAAAGGCUGUGUUGUGUGGAGUGGGUGAGAUGUGAAACCAGUCCUACAGGGCUGGUGACUGGCUGUCUUUCCAGUUUCACUGCUUCCAGAUUCACCGGUGACUCAAGAGGAAACAGUCGAUGGCUCUGAACAGUUUGACAUUUUAUAACCUGCUCACUGCUUUUGAUUAAAACAGUAUUUAUAUGAA